AAACUCAUUCACUUACUCCACAUCGGAUCUGUUUCGAUCGCAAGAGUCGUCAUGAUAUGUGUAGUGAUCUGCGUCAGCUGCAUUGCCAUGUUCAUCUACAGUGGAUUCCGACGAACGAAGAAGUCCUCGCCAAAGCUGUUCUAUGGCAAAUCCGAUCUCCAUGAGUACAUUCUAAAUAACGUACCACGACUGAAAGAACCAUAUACCCCACCUUGGGGUCUGUGGAACAGACACGUGCAUACAAUUAUUUGUUGCUUUGAUCCCUUGCCUCCUAACUACAAGAGGGAAAAUAUACUUUUACCAGACGGUGGUCUCGUCUCUCUGGACUGGUUGGACAAUGAAGCGGGUCUUACGGACACAAGUCCCGUGUUGGUCGUAAUUCCUGGAGUAGGGGGAGGAAAAGAGGGUAUCCGCACAGUUUGUAAGCUUGCGACAGGGAAAUUUAGAGUAGCAGUAUUCAACAGGCGCGGCCAUUGUGGUACUUUACUCACAACACCGCGCCUCCAGUGUUUCGGGGAAACAAGUGACUUUCGACAGUGUGUGGAGUAUAUUCACCGGAAGUACCCCAAGGCUGCCAUGGCUGGCGUUGCUUACUCCGCAGGUACGGGGAUACUUAGUAAGUAUUUGGGAGAGUACGCUGGGAGGUCGUAUAUCGGGCCCUCUGUAUUCGUCGGGUCUGGAUUCGAUCUAUCGAAACUUGAGAGCAUGAACACCAUCUAUGAGAAACUGAUACUGUAUUUGUUGAAAACCUCUUUGGUUAAACCGAACGAACGUAUGCUGAAGUCAGCUGUGGAUAUCGACGCUGUUUACAAAUCAAAGUCCAUUGAAGAACUGGAGGACCACCUUUACUGCAAAAUGCAUGGAUACAAAGACGUUGACGAAAUGUGGCUCCACAACGACCCAAUGCUCAAUGCUGAUACAGUUGUUGCCCCAGUGCUGUGUAUUAAUAGUAUGGACGAUCCAAUCUGUGUUGACGGUAACAUACCCUAUCAUCAUUUCCAGCGGCCCAACUGGAUGUUGGCGACGACAGAACAAGGAGGUCACUGUGGAUUCCUGGAGAACUACAAGCUUGAGUCCUGGGCAGGGAAACUGGCUUUGGAUUAUAUCGGUGCUGUGUUGGACUAUAACAACACUAUGGAAGAGAAGGACAUCACCCUUGAGUGUUGAAAGAUCAAAUGGCAAAGCCUUCUUACAUGCCUCUUGAUGUAAAACCCACUUCAGGUAACUGCUAUUACACGUAUUGUCAUCACUGACUUUUUAUCCAUUAUAUUCAUGUACGUUUGUGCAGUAAAACACGGUAAGCAAGUGUGACAGCCAUCUUCAUUGACCUCACCUUCUACCGAUUCGAGAGUGUUACAUUUGGCGAUGGUAUAAGACGAUGCAAUAAGACGUCACAAAUGACCGUUGUGUUUAUACAUACAUAAAAAUUCUGUGAUCAUGAGAAACACAGAAAAUAUGCAUAAAACCAUGACAACACUACGUCAUCAGAGACAUGGGCAAAGCCGGUUCCCUCUGCAAGGUUGACUUCAUAUUUGUUGUUGUUUUCUUUAUGAAACUGAGAGUAAUAAAUAUAUUGAAUUAUCUUCUCGAAAACUGGAACUACAGAUUGUUUGUCCCAGUGUCCGUUGUGGAAAAAUGAUUUGAAAGUAUUAUGUCGCUGGGCAGAUGAUGCAUAACUCCUCGUAGCUCAAAAGCAUUACUGGGAAACUCAGAGAGUGAAACGAUUCUCAGUGGCAUAUCGCACUGUUUGACAGGCAUUCUUGAAGUUGUAAGCAAUAGGAAUGACAAGUCUUUAUGGAUGAUCAACUUUUAUACUGUACAAUAGCGACGUUUGGGUAUAGAUGUUUAUACCGUUUCUAAGCAUGGAUGUUGAUCACCCCAAAAGACUUAUCAUUCCUGUGGCAUAUCGCGACUGAUUAUUGCCUGGCUUUAUGUUCAAUAUUUACCUGAACUGGGUAGAUGUCGCUGCUGAUGGAUGGAAGUACCCAAAUUUCCCUGAGGACAGUAUCAUUUAUCAGUUAUUGUAGUCAUUCCAAUCUCUUAUUUCCGAGUACAUUAUAGACAAAGUACCCCCGGCUAAGAGAAAAUUAAACCCCUAUCUUGGGGUCCGAGGAACAGACACGUACAUGCAUUUGUUCCUUGCUUGGAUAAGAGGGAAUUAUGCUGACUCAGCAAUACAAAAAAAUUGUUUCUUCACCGACAAGCACACGCACAUAUUUCAUUAGUUAUUCUUUCCUUGUCAGCUGCAGAAUCUCUGCUCUUGUACCCAAUAGACGUAAUUCAAAAUUAACAGAACAGUUUUGGUUUCAAUAAAAGCAGUACACGUGCUGUGGUGUCCCUGCUCCGCCACUUCUGAGCUGUCCAGUCUAGACUUGGUGGACCCAUGGCGGGCGUACGGCUGUGAUGCGUAAAACUAACAUUUCCCCUUUUACGCAAACAAGUGACGGGAGUUACCGACUGAACAGGAAAUGCUUCCCUUCUUGCGAACACCUGGUGCUAUCUCUGAAUUUCUGUGAUUCUUACAUAGCAUGUUCAUCACUGUUAAUUACUAAUGAUUAGACAAUGAGUACUGUUCACUUUCAUGACCACUGUGACUAAAGAGCUGGUAUGCUUGUAUGCAUGUAUGUUUUCGAUAUGGAUUGCUUGUUGUAUGUAACAUGUAUCUCUUGGAAAUAAAAACACAAAAAAAUUUUUUUUUAAAUAAUGUUCAUCACUGUUUCGCAUUUAAAACCCUAAUGGAAUAUAUCUCUUCAGGUAAAUGCUAUUACCGGAAAAAGACAAAUGUAGAAUUUAGAAGAGGUAUCACACCUACAUAUGUUGACUGGUGGAGAAGGCACGGAUAGCCAAGAGGUUAAAGCGACGCAAUACGAUUAUGAUUCCCGAUCCUUGGAGUCCUGUUUUCCAACCAUAGAUUCUUCCCUUAAUGCCCUUAAUCUGUUAUUAGUGUCGACAACGUUUAUAAAC